UAGGUGUGCUAUAUAUCACCUACCACCAAAGCAAAUUCGUCAGGAGGGGACGAGGAGGAGGACAUGGCUCGACGCCCUUCAGCUCCCAUAACGAUGAUGAACUCUCUCACCGGCUUCACCGCCCUAUCUGCCGGCCUCCUGCUCAUCUUCUCCUCGUCCUCCUUGCUGCUGCAAGCUCAAGGCGGCGGCGGCGGCGUGGAGUCGUACGUGCCGGUGCGAAGAGUGGUGUACCGGUCCAUAUCACCGGCGGCGAUGUCGACAGAAGCAGCGGCGCCGUACGAACCGUUCGAGGUGUGCCGGAGGUGCCGGUGCUGCGUGUCGCCGUCCAUUCCGAGCAGCUGCGUGGACACGAACUGCUGCUACGACAUCAACUGCAACCUCCCCGGCAAGCCCUUCGGCACCUGCGCCUUCCUUCCGAAAACCUGCGGCUGCGGCGCCGCAAACAACUGCAGCCAGCCGGCGUCCUGAUGAUCCUUCCUGACCCAUCCUUCACUGGGAUCUAGUAGCAUGCAGAUUAGAUGACUCACUCGAUCAGGGAUAGAGUGAUUAUAUCAAGUUAAUAAUUCCCUGCUGCCAAACCUUAGUUGUAAUAUUCUAGAAAGAGUGAAAGCUUCCAUAUUGUUUACAUGCUGCCAAAGUUUGUUGCCAAAAGAGUGGAAGUUUGUUAACAUCUUUCGUA